UCUAGCAGGCAGAAAACUAGUUACUACAUUAGUUAGGUUUGGCAAUGAGCCCGCGGACUUUGGAUAUCCGUCGGGGCCCGCCCUCAACUAAUGGGCUUAAACCCGCGAGGCCGGUGUGAUUCGCGGUUGCGGGUAUACCCGCGACCCGUCGUGCGCGGUGAUGGGCUUGGCACGGAUUCUGGGAUCCCCAUCCCGUAUCUGCCCCGAUAGCAAACGACGUUGUUUGCUACGCAUAUAAAAGGCUACAUUUUUUGGGUUAGGGUUUGUGGUGAGACCAUUUUUCAUCAAAUGCCACCCUUGUUCCCCCGAUUUGCUCUCAAUCCAUUCGAGGCGAAUCGCCGAUUUCCUCCCCAAAUCCCUUCGAUUCCGGAGAUUUCUCCUUCUUUAUCGACUAUUCUCCCUCGCAAAUCGAUGAUAUCAUCAUCAAUAACACUACAUCUUACCGUAAAUCAACCCUCCAAACUCCGAAAAUGUCUCAAUUGACAAAAAUCUUCUCCGAAUCGUGCAUGCAAAGGAUUUCUUUCCCAAAUCGAGAUAAGUAUUCAGUUCUUUAUUAACUUAAUCCAAUUUUGCUUAUAGACGUAUAAAUAGGUGACUAAAUUCGUCAUUUUGUUCAUAUGCAGUUCAUCGAACCCUAAAUCUAGAAACCCUAGCCUUCCAGAUUUCGGAACCCCACUUUUCUGCGUUCUUAGUAAGUUUGUUAGACAUGAGUUAGUUUCAUUAAUUGAUGUUGGUGCAUGCUUAGUUCGACAGAAUCAAUAAAUCCCUAAUCAUCCAAAUUUUAUCUUUUUUUUUCUAGCUUGCUAUUCGGGAGUCUCAUCUCGCAACUGGUGCUUCAACUGCUUUUUGCAGAGGUAAAUCGCCAAUCCUUGUUUGAUGGUUCUUGGUUGUUGAUGUUUGUUCUUGGUGUGUAAUAUUAUUACCUUAGUUUAGUAAUUCUAGACUAAUCACCUUUUAAGUAACCAUCGUAUAUUACUGAUCAAUUUGAUUCUGCUCCAUUAAAACUAAGAACUCAAUGUGUUUGCUAAAUGUUAAUGGUUAGUGUGAUUCUGCUCUUGGAAAAUGCCAUUGUUGUAAGUAGUUUAUGUAAUGGUUAAAGGUAAUGGUCAAUGUGAUUCUACUGUAGCUAAGUUCGACAUGCCUUAGUGUUAAUGAUGACUUUCUGCUAAUUCAUAAAACUGUAUAAACUAUAUAUUAUCUAAUGAACCCAAAUCUAAACUCUAGAUCAUCUAAUGAACCCAAAUCUCAACUAAUGAUCACUUUGUUGUAAGUUAGUAGGUAGUCUAUGUAAUGGUUUAACCAUUAUCUUGUGUAAUGUUGAUCGAAUCCAGUUUGUGAGAGGAUUCAAUCAUCAUUACAGAAUAGACUUGGUUAAUCCUAAAACUGUAUAAACUCUAAAUAAUAUAAUGCACCCAAAUCCCAACUAACACCUGGUUAUUCUUCUUGAAUCGAAUUGUUUAACCAUGAUCUUCUGUAAUGCUGAUCAAAUCCAGAUUGUGAGAGGAUCCAAUCAACAUUACAGAAUAGACUUGGUUAAUCAUUCUCCUUUUUAUCUAAUCUCUAAUGAUCCAAUCAUUGAUUUCUGAUUUGUUAGAACAACACUGGAAUUCUUUUUGAAACGUUUCUAUUAUUUCUGUUUCUUACUCAGAUGGAACCUGAACAAGUUGAGAAUGCACCAAUUCAGAAUAACAAUGGAGACCAACCUGGUAAUCCUGAAAACCUUCCUGAAGAUGAUAUUCCCCAACCUCCCUUAAGUGCUAGUAGAUGCUUAAAAUCUGAUGUGAGGCCUCAUUCCACCAGACUGAUAGAUAAUGGGGUUCUAAAAGCAAAAUGCAACUAUUGUAAAAAGGUGUUGGCUGGAAAGUCUAGUAAUGGCACUUCCCAUCUCAGGACUCAUAGGAAACGUUGUGCUCAUAAAAAAAUACACGACGAUAGUCAAAAAGUCCUUGGGGCUAACUUCAGUGCCAAGGGAACAACUUAUAUGACUACUAAUCAGUUCAGUAGUGAGGUGUCUAGAAAGGAGCUCUGCAUCAUGUUCUUGGUGCAUGAGUACCCCCUUUCUAUUGUUGACCACCUAUACUUCAAAAGAUUUUGCUGCACAUUGAACCCUCUAUUCAAAGUUCCUAGCCGAAAUACCAUAAAGAAGGACAUAGUUUUCAUUUAUGGUAUGGAGGUCUAAGAUUCAAAAGGCCAUUGGACAAAACAAAGGUAGGAUAGAUGUCACCACUGACUUGUGGACUGCCACAAACCAAUAAAGCACAUAAAUGGUUGUGACUGCCCAUUAUAUAGACAACUCUUGGAAGCUGCGAAACCAUCUCAUUAUGUUUGCUUAUCUCCCUGCCCCACACACUAGUGAGAGGUUGGCUGCAAAGCUAGCUCAAUGCCUCUGAGCAUGGAACAGUGAUAGUACAUUGUCAACAAUUACUCUCGACAAUUGUACUACCAAUGAUUCCAUGAUAAAUCUAGUUAAACAACGGCUAGUGUUAUCUAAUCUAAUUAGGGAUGAGACACUUCUUCAUAUGAGGUGCUCUGCUCACAUUCUUAAUUUGAUUGUGAGGGAUGGUCUUGAUGUAUUGAAAGAGGGUAUUGAUAUAAUCAUGGAGAAUGUGGUCUUUUGGACAUGCACACCUAGGAGAGUGGAGUUUUUCCAUGCAACUGCCCAACAACUUAAAUUGGUUGUUUCUAAGAAGUUGGUCUUAGAUUGUCCCACUCGUUGGAAUUCCACCUACGCAAUGCUUUCUGGUGCUAUCCCGUAUAAGGAAGUGUUCUCUAUAUUGAAAAUAAGGGAACCUCAAUACAACUCUCUGCCUACCAACGAGCAGUGGGAUUUUGCUGCUGUUUUGGUUGACAAACUUGAUGUUUUCAAGGACAUCACUUUAGUUUUUUCUGGUUCAAACUACCCAACAGAGAAUCAAUUUUUUGCUAAAGU